CUAUCCACUCUAUUUGACGGCUCAACGUCCACCCAUUCCACUCCCUCAAACUCCCCUAUAAAUACACACCCCCUCUCUCAUCACCACACCACCCAAUUCAUUUAAUUCCCAUCAACACCCCCAAAAAACACACAUAAAUCAAGUUCGAUAGCAAUACUAGUGUAUACCCGUGCUAAUAAACAAUGUCGUACCAAAAACAACCCGAACUAAACGGGGCAUACUACGGCCCCUCAAUUCCACCCCCGCCUCGCUCCUACAAUCGACCAGGUAAGCGAGGCGGCCGAAGCUGCGGAGGCUGCUGCUGUCUCUUCGACUGCCUCUGCGGCUGCGUCAUGAGUUGCAUCUGGUCCAUCAUCUGCACCAUCCUCGUCAUCGUCGGAAUCCUAAUCUUCCUCUUCUGGCUCAUUGUCCGCCCUCACGAAGUCAAAUUCCACGCCUCAGAUGCCAAACUAACCACCUUCAACUUUACCAGCAACGACAAUCUCAAUUACAAUCUCGCUGUCAAUUUCAGUGUUCGAAACCCAAAUCGCCGAAUCGGUGUUUACUACGACACCAUUGAAGCCAAUGCUAUUUACGCUGGACAAAGAUUCAGCACUGUUAAUGGUCCAGUUUUUUACCAGGGUCAUAAGAAUACUACUGAUCUUGGGCCUUUGAAUUUUAAGGGGCAGCAUAUUGUUGUUCUUGGAAGUGGUGAUAAAUCUGAUUAUAAUAAACAGAGCAAUGAAGGGGUUUAUGAAAUUCAAUUGAAGAUGCAUUUAAGGGUCAGAUUUAAAGUUGGAUUGUUUAAAACUGGUACUUGGAAGCCCAAGAUUAAGUGUGAUUUGAAGGUUCCUAUUGAAGGUAAAUCUGGGCAAUUUGAGAGGACUAAAUGCAGCUAUGAUCUUUGAUUUCUAUUUUUAACUUUGUUGAUUUUGUGUUCUUAGAUCUUGAUUUUGGGAUUAUUUGAUUUGUUUUAGGGAUAUUAUGAAUAAAAAAAAUAUAGUACUCCGUAUAUUUUAUGGAUAUAUAAACUUGAUUUUCAUGUAUAUAAAGUCGUAAUUUUAAUUACUGGUUUGAUUAAUUUUCUUGGGUGUUGAAA